GGUCGAUGGCCUCUGCUUCUCCGAAGAUUUGGCCUGUCUAAUAAUGGCGGUUUUGACAGCCUCCUUUCAAGUUAAUGCUUAUGGUGGUGUAAACGUAACCGGUAAAAAUGGCUGAUGAAUUCGAUGAUGUACAAGGUAACGUAGGAGGUCUACAAAUUGCGGAACUACCUGAGAUCAAGUUAUUUGGAAGAUGGAAUUGCGAAGACGUCCAAGUCAAUGAUAUCUCAUUGCAGGAUUACAUUGCUGUGAAGGAAAAAAAUGCCAAAUAUCUUCCUCAUUCGGCUGGAAGGUAUGCUGCUAAACGUUUUAGGAAAGCACAAUGCCCUAUUGUUGAAAGGUUGACAAAUUCACUCAUGAUGCAUGGCAGAAAUAAUGGAAAGAAAUUGAUGGCUGUUAGGAUAGUGAAACACUCAUUUGAGAUUAUUCAUCUCUUAACUGGUGAAAAUCCAUUACAGGUUCUGGUUUCUGCCAUCAUCAACUCUGGACCAAGGGAAGAUUCCACUCGUAUUGGUAGAGCUGGUACAGUUAGAAGACAAGCAGUUGACGUGUCUCCUUUGAGACGAGUGAACCAGGCUUUGUGGUUACUCUGCACAGGUGCAAGAGAAGCUGCAUUCAGAAAUAUCAAAACAAUUGGCGAAUGCCUAGCCGACGAAUUGAUCAAUGCUGCAAAGGGAUCGUCGAAUUCCUAUGCCAUCAAAAAGAAAGAUGAAUUAGAAAGAGUAGCCAAAUCUAACCGUUAAUUUUUUUAUCUGUAUGAUAAUGUAAGGAAUAAAAUGUUGUUAUUCCAAAAA